ACGGCGCGCCAGAGUUAGUUGGCCUCUACGUUCGUUCCGUUAACGAAUCAAUUUAUUAAGAAACUAUCGAAUAUAUUAGUAAACGCGAUCGGUAAAGAGAAUCUUUCUCGUUCGAAAUAGUAAAAAUUUUUGUUUUAAAUGCCACCACCAGCUUGACCGCUACGACCAAUCAGAUUGUUGAUGGUGCGUCACGUGACAUCUCCCAUCUCCGUCCUCUGCUGUGCUGGAUGUAUGCGACAGGGGCAAGGUUUGUGUGGCGUCCAUUCGGUGGUAAAAUGAAGAACGUCUAAUUGCCACAGUGGUAGCGGUGUCGUGGGAGUCUGUCCUAGAGUGGACGAUGGCACUGGAAUUAAGACUUCAUAGCCCUUCGGGGCGCGAACCAGCAGUGUAUCAAUGGCCGUUGUCGGCAUCGGACAAACACGACGGGGCUAUCGAAAUCGUCGAUACUAUCAGAUGGGUGUGUGAAGAUUUUCCAGAACUUAAGUUAGCAAUGGAAAAUUAUGUACUCAAUGAUUAUGAUACUAGAAGUUUUGAGAGCAUGAAGACAUUAUGUGAUAAAUAUAACCGAGCCAUUGACAGUGUCCUUCAACUGUGGAAAGGAACAUCACGGCCAUCUCGUCUUCAAACUCGACCAUCUACUGGAUUACUUCGUCAUAUCCUUCAACAAGUUUAUAAUCAUUCUGUUACAGAUCCAGAAAAAUUAAAUCAGUAUGAACCUUUUUCUCCUGAGGUCUAUGGUGAGACUUCUUAUGAGUUUGUUGCACAGAUGAUUAAUGAAAUUGAAAUAAAUGAAGAUGACAUAUUUAUUGAUCUUGGAAGUGGAGUUGGUCAAGUAGUGCUACAAAUGGCUGCAACAACAAUCUGCAAAAUGUGUUACGGUAUUGAGAAAGCAGAUGUACCUGCUAAAUAUGCAGAGGUAAAAAUUAUUAGAAUUU